GGCUCCAGGUUGCGACACCAUGGACGGUUACGACUCAGAGGAUUUCUCGUCAUCCGAGGAAGACGAAGACUACGUGCCCUCCGGUGGAGAAUAUAGUGAAGAUGAUGUGAGUGAAUUAGUGAAGGAAGAUGAAGUACAAGAUGAAGAGGAGGCACAGAAAGACAAAGGCAAAAAAAGGAGUUCUAAAGACAACAAAAAGAAGUCUCCGGGAAUCAUUCCCAGGAAGAGAAAAAAAGGUGGGCUGCUAAUGGAAGACAAGGAGACAGAGGACAAGGUAGAAGCAGAAACAGAGGAAAAUAGUGGUGAAGAGGAAGAGAAAGAGAAAUCAGUAGAACCGGAAGAAGGCAUUCCAUCGGAGGAGGAAAGAAAAAGACAAGAUGAUGCCCUCUGGGCGAGCUUCCUCAGCGACGUGGGACCAAAAUCACAAGCGCGGCCUCCUAGAAGCCAAGCAAAGACAGAGGGAGAAGGCCAAGAGAAGAGUGCAAACAAAUCCCUCGUGACAGCGAAAGAGUCAGAGAAACCUAGCGAAAGAGAAAAAGUUAAAAUCACCAAGGUGUUUGAUUUUGCCGGUGAAGAGGUCAGGGUGACUAAGGAAGUGGAUGUAGCAUCGAAAGAAGCCAAAUCCUUUUUCAAGCAGAAUGAGAAAGAAAAGCCACAGACUGGUGUCCCAUCAGCACCAUCGGCACUCCCAACAGGCUCAGGGCUGAAGAGACCAAGUGGCAUGAGCAGCCUUUUGGGGAAAAUUGGAGCCAAGAAGCAGAAGAUGAGCACCCUAGAGAAAUCCAAACUGGACUGGGAGAGCUUCAAGGAAGAGGAGGGCAUUGGUGAAGAGCUGGCUAUCCAUAAUCGAGGAAAAGAGGGGUACAUUGAAAGGAAAGCUUUUCUGGAGCGAGUGGAUCACAGGCAGUUUGAAAUUGAGCGGGACCUCAGGCUGAGCAAAAUGAAGCCUUGAUGGCAUUGGAAAGGUGCUCUGGCAGCGUACCCCCGCUUAUGGUGUGAGCUCAACUCUUGUGUGUCUGUGAAAUCUCUCCUGUUCUGCUCCCCGACUGUUUCAUGGAAAGGAUAGUCCAAUGCUCUGUUUUCCAUGUUGAAGCUCAGUCUGUAUAUCUUGAUCUCACAUGGUAUCAUUUAUUUUAUUUUUAUAAGUUGUUUCUGUGGGAAACUGUUCUGGGACUGGUGAAGAGGAUGGCACCUUCUUUACGGCAGAGAGUGUGUGUGUGGUCUCAUCCAGAUCAAACGGGUGGCAGGGAUUUUUUCCCAACUUCAUUCUGCCUGUGGUGGAGAGAAGACCUCAACCUUGACAUGGACACUUAGCCUAGGUUUGCUGAAAUUAUCGUGACUCUCUUGGAGCACAUCCUUUGCUCUGAUACCAAUGCUGAGAAGAAAAAAAACAGGCCCACUUCUGCUGGCCAGAUGCCAGAUCGCUGGACAGUUUUGUAUUCAGCUUUCUCCUGUGUUCUCUUACUCUCUCUGUCUCUGUGUCUCUCCUUAUCUCCCUCCUCUCUGUCUCUUCCCCCACCCCCUAACUCUCACCCCCAUCUCCCUCUUCCAGGAUGGGACUCCUUUUAGCAUAAUGUGAAACUGAAAUUAUGGAUAUAUUGUUGCUCGAUUGAAAAUUGGUUUUCCUUUAGCAUUUUCUUCUUUCCAAAGUAAAAGCCAAUUUUUCUAGACUCAACCCCACCACCAAAUCUCUUGUCACAUUCAUUUGCCGGAGAAUGUCCUCAGACUUUCUUUCCCAUCCCUCAUGGGCAGUGAAGACACCCAAACCCAGGUCAGCUUCAGGAUUUCUCUUGAGAGCAGCCAGAAGGAACAGUAUCAGUAAUAGGCCAAUGGUGGGAUGGGAACAGGGAGCUGGGGCCAAACCAUUUGCAAUAAUAAAAGCAUUAAAGCCUAGA